UCAGACCGCAUGCUGCAAGCAUCAAAAAGCCGAAUCUGAAGACUGUGGAUUACUUUGGGAUCAAAGCAGAGGAUAACAUCUUCUUGGGACUCAGUGAGCACUUCUGUUCUGCUGCAGACUACAUCCACAAGGCCUUCAGUGAUAGUACAUACUCUCCUUUGCCAACAGUAACGUUUACACGCUGCCAAGGCAACACACAGUCAAUGCAACUCACCCUUUAAAUUGACCUGCAACUGCAUGAAAACUACGUGUCAGCACAGAAAAUGUCAUGAUUCGACAUGAAUGACAAGGAAAAGAUGGGCAAAGAACUCAAAGUACUGAAUGAAUGUCAGGUCUCCACUAUUCCUACAAAGUUCCAAACAGUCGUCAUUAGCAAUGAAGAGAAGAAAGGAUUUUCCUCACAGUCAAAGAGAUUUAAAGAACACCUGAAUGAGAACCCAGGGCCUGGCUCGUAUAUCUCACACAUUUCUGCAGAGAGCGGCAGUCCGUCAUUCUCUAAGAGAGGAACAGGCAGCUUUGCAUCAAAGGCUGGCCGUGUGCCCCAUGACUUUCAGAGAGGAAACCCAGGGCCUGAUUCUUAUAACCUCCAAACAUCUUUACUUCAUAAGCACAACUUCAACAGAGGAGAAUCCAGAACGUUCCGCCUGCCUAUCGCAGUGAAGAGGGAAACGCCUAAAACCAAAAAUCCUGCACCAAAUCAAUAUGAUGUGUCUUACGCUGGCGUGGACAGAAGUUCAACAGUUUCGGCUCAGUGUGUGUUUCUCUCUAAAACCACACGCACUGCCAGCUUCUCAAACAAAUUUAAAGGACCCUCGCCCUGUCACUAUAAAGUGAGUGAAGUUUUGGUCCAGAAGGCUCCUCAAGUUCCUUUCUCCUGCUUUAAGUCCACAACUGCCCGAAUCCAGGCUCAAAUGAAAAAUGAAAUCCCAGGUCCCGGGACUUACAGCCCCUAUGAAACACCAGAGCCAGUGAAGAGAACCGUUCUCCCAAGGAGACAUUACCUGGGAUUAUCAGCGCCACCUCUGAUUCCCGCUAAAGCUCCACCCUUCCCCGGUCCAGGACACUAUGAUAUAGUGAACUAUAAUGGUCCAGUCAAACACCUCGUGUCCAGCGCUGCUUUCCUGUCUGGGACAAGCAGGUGCAUACAGGAUAUCAAAGGACAGGAAAUACCUGGUCCAGGUUUCUACGAACCCACGACCCUGUCAAAGACAUCAUUCUUGUGCAAUCCUGCAAGAAACUGGAUUCCGGCUUAACUAAUGGUCAAAAGUGUGACCAAAAUACUGCAUUAAAUAAAUGUUUGAUGAUUUGUCAUAAACAGCUAUGUAAGUCUAAACCAGGGCUGACAUAUCUAUAAAGUACUGACAACAUUUCUCCCAAAGUCCAAAUAAAAAAAGUGUCAUUAGAGCAUUUAUUUGCAGAAAAUGACAACUGGUCAAAAUAACAAAACAGAUGCAGUGUUUUCAGACCUUGAAUAAUGCAAAUAAAGCAAGUUCAUAUUCAUUUUUAAAAACACAAUGCUAAUAUUUAGACUAAACUUAGGAAGAGUUCAGAAAUCAAUCUUUGCUGGAAUAACCCUGAUUUUCAAUCUCAGCUUGCAUGAGUCUUGGCGUGCUCUCCACCAGUCUUUCACACUGCUGUUGGGUGACUUUAUGCCACUCCUGAUGCAAAAAUUCAAGCAGGAAUUCAACAGACACCGGAAUGGCUGCCAUACAAGUAGAGAUGCUGAUUUAAGAAACAGUUGGAGUGGUCUCUUAAUUUUUUCCAAAGCUAAAAUUACCUAAAUAUAUAUACAGGGUUGAGAGGAUUACUUUUGAAAUGUAUUCCACUACAGAUUACAGAUUACAUGCUGUGAAAUGUAAUUUGUAACAUUCCGUUAGAUUACUCAAGUUCAGUAAUGUGUUCUAAAUACUUUGGAUUACUUCUUCAGCACUGGUCGAUUUUAUUUCACUUGUUUUGACUAAAAACUCAAAAUGCACAUGUUAAAAAUACAUUCUCUGAAAAAACUAAAUAUCUCAUGCAGUGAUGUUUCUAAAACAAGAUCGAUCAAACUCAUCUUGUUUUAAGGAUUUUUAGAUAUUUUUACAGGAAAACAAUACAAAACUUAUUAUCAAGAAUACAAUUUUUGCCCUAAUCUCAAAGGUCUUACUAGAAAAAAGAAACUAUGAUCUAAAGUGAAUUUUCUUGAUAAAUAAUUAUGAUCGUGUCUGGUAACAUGUGCAUGUAAAAUGGCUAGAAAUAGCAUUUUAGCUUAGCAUAAAGCUAACAAUUUACACAAGGUUUAUUUCUAUUUCUUCUGCUCCAAACUUACUUCAAACGUACUUCUCUGUCUGCUCAUAUGAAUGUCACACAUCAUAAGAAAGUGUUUCACCGCUGUUCAAAUGCACUUUGGAUCACAUCAUUUAUAUGUAUAAAUGUUUUCCAUCUGAAAGGACUAAAUAUUAAAUGAAACAAAUGACAAUAAAAUGCAAAGUAAUCUCUUCAGUAAUCAAAAUACUUUUAGAAUGUAACUGAUUCUAAAUACCAAUGAUUUAAAUGGAGUGGUGGUGGUGUAGUGGUCUAAACCACAUAACUGGUAAUCAGAAGGUCGCUGGUUCGAUCCCAAUAGCCACCACCAUUGUGUCCUUGAGCAAGGCACUUAACUCCAGGUUGCUCCGGGGGGAUUGUCCCUGUAAUAAGUGCACUGUAAGUCGCUUUGGAUAAAAGCGUCUGCCAAAUGCAUAAAUAUAAAUAUUUAAAUUGUAACUGUAGUGGAAUACAGUUACUUAUAUUUUAAAUAUGUAAUCCUGUUACAUGUAUUCCGUUACUCCCCAACCCUGAAUAUACAGUGUAUAUAUAUAUAUAUACUGUAUAUAUAUGUGUGUCCUAUAUAAAAAUGAUU